GUGGCGGUAGCACGGCGCAGGCACCGGCUCGGGAGCGGCACCAUGAGCGGGUCACAGAACAAUGACCUGAAAAGACAGUUUCUGCUGGAGCGUCUGCUGGAUGCCGUGAAACAGUUGUGUUUUAGGGCUACUCUUCUGGGCGCUGAGGUGGUGGCUGGAAUUAGUGCCCCGUGGGCACAAGAACAGAGACACACAGGAGGAAUGAAGCCAUGCCCAGGGUCGCGUGGGUCCUCCAGUGCCAGAUCCGCUUUGGAGGGAGAAAGGAGAUCGCCUCGGAUUCCGACAGCAGGGUAACCUGUCUGUGUGCCCAGUUUGAGGCGGUCCUGCAGCAUGGCCUGAAGAGGAGCCGGGGAUUAGCGCUAACGGCGGCGGCGAUCAAACAGGCAGCAGGCUUCACCAGCAAAACUGAAACAGAGCCCGUAUUCUGGUUCUAUGUGAAGGAGGUCCUCAGCAAGCACGAGCUGCCACGCUUCUACUCCCUGCGCCACAUCGCCUCGGACGUGGGCCGCGGCCGGGCCUGGCUGCGCUGUGCCCUCAACGAACACUCCCUGGAGCGCUAUCUGCACAUGCUCCUGGCUGACCGCAGCAGGCUCAGCACUUUUUAUGAAGACUGGUCUUUUGUGAUGGAUGAAGAAAGGUCUAGCAUGCUUCCUACCAUGGCAGCUGGUCUGAACUCCAUCCUCUUCGCAAUCAACAUUGAUAACAAGGAUUUGAAUGGGCAGAGCAAGUUUGCUCCUACCGUCUCAGACCUCUUAAAGGAGUCAACGCAGAAUGUGACGUCCCUGCUGAAGGAAUCCACGCAAGGAGUGAGCAGCCUUUUCAGGGAGAUCACAGCAUCGUCCGCUGUCUCCAUUCUCAUCAAACCGGAGCAGGACACCGACCCCCUGCCUGUUGUGUCCAAGCACGUCAGUGCUGAUGUCAAAAGUAAAAAGGAGCGGAAGAAGAAAAAGAAGGUGACCAACAUUAUCUCUUUUGAUGAUGAGGAAGAGGAACAGAACUCUGGCGAUGUUUUUAAAAAGAUCCCCGGGGCAGGGGAGAGCUCAGAGGAGAACUCCGACCGCUCCUCCAUCAAUAUCAUGUCGGCCUUUGAAAGCCCCUUUGGGCCAAAUUCCAACGGAAGUCAGAGCAGCAGCUCAUGGAAAAUUGAUUCGCUGUCGUUGAAUGGGGAGUUUGGGUACCAGAAGCUCGAUGUGAAAAGCAUUGAUGAUGAAGAUGUGGAUGAUAAUGAGGAUGAUGUGUACAGGAACAUGUCGGGAAGGAAGUGCCUGGGCCACUCGGGGUCGCCUGAGAAGCCGCUGGAUGGGAACUCCCACCUCUCCCAGAUGCACAGCUGGGCUCCCCUGCAGGUGCUACAUGGCGACGCCGACGUCCUCUUUCCGGUCAGCGGAGUGGGCUCCUACAGCCCUGCAGAUGCCCCCCUUGGGAGCCUGGAGAACGGGACAGGACCAGAGGACCACGUUCUUCCGGAGCCCGGCCCCCGGUACAGUGUGGAAGCCAGUCCUCCUGGCCAGGGAAGCCCUCUGAGUAGCCUGUUACCUUCUGCCUCCGUGCCAGAGUCGAUGACAAUUAGUGAACUGCAUCAAGCCAUUGUGGCCAUGAUGAACAGGAAGGACGAGCUGGAAGAAGAGAACAGGUCUUUGCGGAACCUGCUGGAUGGGGAGAUGGAGCACUCAGCAGUGCUGCGGCAGGAGGUCGACAGCCUGAAAAAGAAGGUGGCCGAGCAGGAGGAGCGGCACAUCCUGAAGGUCCAGGCGCUGGCGAGAGAAAACGAGGUGCUCAAAGUCCAACUGAAGAAAUACGUAGGAGCUGUCCAGAUGCUGAAAAGAGAAGGCCAAACAGCUGAAGUUGUACCAAAUCUUUGGAACGUUGAUGGAGAAGUUACAGUCACGGAGCAGAAGCCGGGUGAAGUGGCCGAGGAGCUGGCGAGCUCCUAUGAAAGAAAGCUCAUCGAGGUAGCGGAGAUGCACGGCGAGCUGAUUGAGUUCAACGAGCGCCUGCACAGGGCCCUGGUGGCCAAGGAGGCCCUCGUGUCCCAGAUGAGACAGGAGCUCAUUGACCUGCGGGGACCGGUGCCUGGAGAUUUGAGUCAAACGUCCGAAGACCAGAGUUUGUCGGAUUUUGAAAUAUCAAACCGGGCCCUGAUCAACGUCUGGAUCCCAUCAGUGUUUCUCCGGGGCAAAGCGGCGAACGCCUUCCACGUGUAUCAGGUCUACAUCCGGAUAAAAGAUGAUGAGUGGAAUGUCUAUCGGCGGUAUACAGAGUUCAGGAGUUUGCACCACAAGUUACAGAACAAGUACCCCCAAGUGAGGGGCUACAACUUCCCACCCAAAAAGGCCAUUGGAAACAAGGAUGCCAAGUUUGUGGAGGAGCGGAGGAAGCAGCUGCAGGACUACCUACGCAGCGUCAUGAACAAGGUCAUCCAGGUGGCCCCCGAGUUUGCUGCCAGCCCCAAGAAGGAGACCCUCGUGCAGCUGAUGCCCUUCUUUGUGGACAUCACUCCUCCUGGAGAACCACUGACCAAGAACACCCGGCCCAAAGUGGCUUCCCGCUUCCCCAAGCUGUCCCGAGGUCACCCUAGAGAGACCCGCAACGUGGAGCCCCAGAGCGGCGACCUCUGACCUCCACCGAAUCCCAGACUUGGGCCCAAUGUGCUGCGCCAGCUGCCUCCGCCCAGCCACUCGGCAUCUGACCUGGCCCCAGCAGCUGGCCCCUUCCAGCCUGGAGUGAGCCCCCACGUCACCGGGUGAAGCCCCGAGAGCACACCUUCCCCCCAGUCCUGUGACACUGAUUAAACUGGGCAGUCUCAGAGGGCAAGGUGGCUGCUUGCCAGACAGACUCGGACACACGGGCACCCUCCCAGGGCCUGUCCCUUCCCCUCCCUCCAGCUCAGGGGCCGGCAGGAGGGUGGGCACUGGGGGCAGCUCGGAGCCCCUUGAUGGAGGCGCACAACUCCGAGGUGGUUCAGAAACCACCUUUGGACUCUUUCCCACACGGGAAUUAGAACGACUGUUACCUUUUUUUUUUUUCCUGUUAACAUAACUGCCUGCUGUAACCUAUGGACACGUGGGGUUAGAGGGGGGAGGUUGCGUUCCUUCCCCUUUUACUCUCUACCCGUGGUCCUAAGACCCCCUGGUUGUAGAAUCCGUGGCUCGCGGUAACUCACGUGGCUUUCCUGUGAAGGGGCCACUAAGGACGCUGAAUGGAGGUGCACAGAGCACUUCCCCCAACCUUCAGAGCUUGGCUUCUGGAAGGACUAGCCCCUGUAGGUGAAACCUGAGGCCCCCUGGGCCCACAUGCCCCUUGUGAGGCUUGAUGGCCCUGGGCUGUCCAGAAACCCGGAGCCUUGACCUCACAAGACAAGAGGCCUCAAGGUCAUGAGAGAGACUAUGUUCUGAGAACUACGGUGGAAGCGGCCACAGGCCCUCAGGCUUGCAGACUCCGGAGCCCGCAGAGCUCCACGUGGCUCCCUGGGAACCAGACAACAUACACUCGCGACAGAUCAUGGUCAUUCCCCAAAGACACAUUCAUGCUGUACCCUCUGCCCCCCCACGUGCUCUCAGUGUGUGUCCCCCCCAGUCUCAGAGCAGGCCCCUCAGCAGGCAGGAACGGGAUGGAGAUGAGUAGCCCGGCCAGCUCCCGCUCCCACGUCAACUCACUUCGCAGAACCAGAGCCCUUUGGCCAGUUUGAACGUGCAGCACCCCGUGAACGGCGCGUACAGCUAUGAAGAGCUCGCGUUUUCUGGGGGAAGGACUGAGGAGCUUGGUCCGUGUUGUCCAACAGACCACGCGGCAGCCAGACUGACGUGAGCGAGAGGGAGGGCGUGAGGUGCUUGUGGACGGCUAACCCCAGCAGCUUCCUGGAACCGUCAGAACCGCUCAGACUUGGGGAGCCGCCCCCCACCCCGGGCAGGCGUCAAGCAUUUCCUAGACCGAGGGACACUCCAGCACGCGGCAUCUGGAAGCUUUCUGCCAGGCAUUCCCGUGAGCCGGGGGCAGCGGAGACGAUUCCGGGCAGUUCAGCACAGUGACGUGCUGUCCGUGCCGCCCUCCAGGGAACCGCAGCAGCCCGAUCCACUUUGGAGGGAGCCAUGAGCUGGGGGAGCAGAACGAGCCCGCCGUUCCCGUGGGGGGAAGCUGGAGGGGCCCUGUCACCAGCUCGGAGGGCUCGAGAGGACCCGAGACACCAUGUCCCGGGAAAGCAACAUGGGGACUUGCCUUGUUUGCCAGGGGCUUCCUUUCCAUUCCAGGUCCCACAGGGCCAGUCAGGUGCCCGUCACUGGCUGUGGGAACAGAGUUGCCUUGGACUCUGAGAGCUUGCGCUGCCCCAGUCCUGCCUCCCGGGGGUGGGGUCCUGCUCCCCCUUGGUCCCUGGGAAGCCGUGUUUGCAUGGGAUAUGGAGUGGAGCCUCCCGUGGCUGACGUCCCCUGCGGCUGAGGGUUCUGCUCAACUCACCUGUUCGGACACCAAACCCGAGACAUGUCUGUGAAUCUGACCUUACCUUCUCCAGAAUUCCUGGAACCUGCUUUGACAUUCUGCAGAGGUUAAAAAAACAAAAGCCCAGAACUGUAAGGGACAGAUGCUAAGCCUUGAAAAACAAUUACACACUCACCCUGUAUUCACAAAAGGAGAAACUCUGCCUAUUUUUUAAAGCUUGAUCAUUCAUGGAAACCUUGCCCUGCUCUUCUGAAACACAGCUGGAAAAGCCUGUUCCUGGGACCACACGCGACCCAUCGAGGCUGCGUGCAAUGUGCACCCCGUGUUCGCGAUGCCACAGAAACCCUAGAACCAGUCAGCAUACAGACCAACCCCCUCAUUUCAGCUCCGACCCACACGUGACCUACACAUGACAGCCACUCCUCAACGCCUUAACUCUGGGCUCACAGGAUGUUCCAUGGUGGCACUCCAUGCCACUGCUCGAGAUCCCUGCCCUGCUCCCCAGCAGGCGGGGUGGACACAGAAGCAGUGGACCUCCCAUUCCUGGAGCAAGAACCACAGACCCAGGUCCACCUCCCCCCCCUCCCCCCACCCCGUGGCUGUGUCAUCUGCUGCCCUGUUGUCUGAUCCAGUUCAGGGGGCUGGCUGGCCCCGCCCUGCAUAUCACCCACGCAGCCCCGUGACCUGUCAGAGGGAAAGACAGUGCAACAGAAAAAACCAGUGCUAGCUGUUCCUGGAUCCAGUAAGAAGGUUCUUUGGCACCUCCCGAGCUGGCACCCGAGGAAGGUGACAGGGCCCACCUGGGAGAGGCGUUCUAUCUCACGACGCUCACCGAGGGCACCACUACCCAGGUACACCCAAGGGCUUUGGUUACAGAGGGAUCCCCUACCAUCCUACGAGUCCUAGCAGGAGACAGAAGCAGGGAAAGGGAGGAAUGGGCUGAGGGUCUAUGGACAGGAUGUAGUUACACGCUGGGCUCCGCUCCACGGCUGGGCGCCUCCUGAGUUCCCGCUAACCCCUCAAAGUUGUUGACAUCGGAUGGAUAGCACAGCUGCGGCUCCUGCCAAGAGCCAGCAGGCCCGGGAGGCCUAAUGAAUCCCGUUUGGGCCCAAGUCUGCAAGUGGGAACGGAGCGCUACCAGCCAGUCCCGCAAUCAGACACCACCCUGCUUGCCUCCCAGCACCCAGAACCAGGCUCUCUCUGGCCGGGCUGCGCCAAGUGUCCUCAAUUUCUCUCGGCUCCGCAUGGGGAAGUUCACUCAUUCGAGGCCCAGGGCACACGAUUCUAGGCUGCAACUGCCCACCCCCACCUCCUGACCUUCACUGGGGUACCGGCCCGCCCCCACGCAUGCAGGCCAAGCCUUGUCCUGUGCGGCCCCCGCAGGCACCCGCCCCACCAGUCUCCUCCAGAAGCCUUCAUGCCUCAGCCUGGCACCUUUGUGCCAGCACCAGAGCCCGUUCCCGGGGAGCCGCUGCACUCCUGAGGGGCCAUCUCGCCUGGGCACGGAACUGAGGGCAAACAGGCUCCAUUUUCAGCCUGGAGCGGCCGGAACACCACCUGCCAGGGCCCCGCCUGCCCAGGAGCAUCAGACCGGCAAGAACGGACCCCAGAAGGGGCACAGCUCCUGCUCGAUUUCUUCCCCGAAGGCAAUAAUUGUCCUGACCUUUCCUCCGUGUUUCACUCGGGACCGUGCCGUGCACGCUGGGCUCUGGCCCCCCACUCAGGCCGCAGCAGACAGAGGCUGCUUCCGGCAGGCAGCCGUCUGCUCAGGAGCAAGGUCUUAUACAACCAUCAUUUUUCUAAAUAUUUUGCAUUGUUUCAUUGAAGCUAACAUUAAAUAUUUGCUGUUGGGUUUGGCUUCUGUGCUAAUUUUGCACAAUUGUAGCACUGUAUAUUUUAUCUAACGUUUCCGUGCCAAAAAGUUCAUUUUCAUGUUUCCGUAACACGUGGUUUUGAUUAGGUUUCUAAAAUAAAACCUCAGCUACUGGAUCGGUAGGGAUGAGGGGGGACCGUUGGCGCCCUCCGAGCCCACCGGCUCUGGGCUCAGCCGACCGCGGCCCCGACGCAGCUCCUUGGCUCACCCUGCACUCACCUUCCCCGCGACCAUGAACCACGGCUGUGCACGGGCCUGCGUGUGACACUCUGGGUGAGGGCAGGGAGCCUCUACCCACGUGUCUAAAGCCUCACCGCCACAGCGAAUGGGCUUCUUUACCUACCUAACCCGUUUCUUGAGAGGAAAAUAGAAAAUCUGGUUUCUCUAAAGUGCGGCUGAGCUUACAGCCUGGAUGAGCCCCCACCGCUGGAACACGCUGAAUGCACUAACUGUUCUGAGGUCCUGGGGCUCCGUGCUCACGGGCACGUGAGUGCUGCUCCGUCGUGCAUGGAAAACCACGAGCUGGCCUGCCCAGGGAGCGCCCUUCUCCCCGGAGCCUGCUCCAGUCCGCUUCCCGCCUUCCCCACUGCGAGCCGCGAGGCCACUCGUUCACCUGGAAGGAUUCUUUCCACCCUCAGGAGAAACUGGAGCUGAGGCCCUUGCAAAAGCCAGGACCGUGGCCACAGAAGGUCACGGAAGAGCAGACGGCACAUUUGCACCCUGAAUUGCUGAAAGGAGCCUGGAGAACACGCGUUUGCCGGAGUGAGGGGUGGUGGGGUUCACAAGGAUGUUUUCCCAUCUGGCAUCCAGCCUAGAAACAACGUCCUUACCUCUGCGGCCUUAGCUUCCCCACCGCUGCCAUCGUCGUUCGGUAGAACACUGCCCACCGUAGCAAAUACGGACUUCCAGAAGGAGAGCGCCUGGUGAACAUAUCCCAGCAGAGUCCCCCUCAACUGACCGGGUCCCCAUGAGCCCUCUGCCAGGGAGGGGGGAAUUCGGCAACACAUGGAGAGUCUAGUCCACUGUCUGGACGAACGUGGGGCCUAGCAGUCGGCAGAUUCACGUGAAGUAUUAUGUUAACUGCCCUCUUAUGUUAAGGUUUACACAAUAGAAUUUUUAAACAAAUGUGUUUAAUUUUCUAAAAUCUCUUGUAUUAAAAUUUUCUUUUGGAAUAAGCUGUGGUAAUUUUGUUACAAUCUGGUUGAGAUACACCUCUUUACAACGACAAUAAAAACAGUCACAUUUUAUAAAUUAGACAGUC